UUCAGUCGUCGAUGUUGUCGCGUGUCGCUUUGCCGCGGUUUUUCCUUAUCGCGCAGCUCGCUACGCAAGCACAAUUAUAAAAACGUAUCGCAUUUGAAAAUCACAAUUUAUUACUAUUUAAGCUGUUAAUUUGUGUUUUAAAUUAUUAAAAAAGUGCAUGGCCCUAUUGAAGGUUCAAGUGUUGAUAUUGGCGUAAGCGAAAACAUGCAUGGAAUUAUGUGAAAAUUCUAGUUGCCAGUGUGCUCCCUCCCCCCAAGUACAUAUAUAAAUAUAUGUAUAUUACUUAUGUCUGUGAUUGAUCAGAUGAUUCAGUUACCAAUAUAAAAAAUACGAAAGAAGAAAAAUAAAAUGUGAAUAUAUCUGUGAAAAGAAAUCUCAACGCUGCGCACAAUUGCUUCGAUUAUAAAAUACGACAAAACGCUGCUGCUGAUAUUGAUACGCAACACAGCAGAAGCAAAAGGACGAAGACGAAGGAGCACAACGAGGACAACGACAAAUCUGUGCAAUUAACUCGUAUAACCGGCCGCAAGCAAAACAAUAGCAAACAACAGAAAGGAAUCAGAGGGGGCUAAACCCCACCCCUAGAGAGAGAGCGAGAGAGAGACAUACACACAUCACGCACUAGCGACUAGCAUACGCUAUUAGCACGUGUCUCCACACCCCUCCCCCCUCUCUCCGCGCCGCGCUUCAUCAUGGGCGACAAUAUAAUUGGCUCGGCGAGCUUCCUUCACUUGGGCGACAUUGUUUCGCUUUAUGCGGAGGGCAGCGUGUGCGGUUUCUUGAGCACACUCGGCUUGGUGGAUGACCGAACGGUUGUGUGUCCCGAGGCGGGAGAUUUAAGUUGUCCACCCAAAAAGUUUCGAGAUUGCCUUAUCAAAAUAUGUCCCAUGAAUCGGUAUUCGGCACAGAAGCAAUUCUGGAAGGCAGCCAAGCAAUCAGCCAGCUCCAAUACAGAUCCCAAUCUGCUAAAGCGUUUGCAUCACGCAGCGGAGAUUGAGAAGAAACAGAAUGAGACCGAAAACAAGAAGCUACUCGGCACCUUUAUACAAUAUGGACGCGCUGUGGUGCAGUUGCUCCACUUGAAGUCCAACAAGUAUCUGACAGUGAACAAGCGUCUGCCAUCGUUGCUGGAGAAGAAUGCAAUGCGUGUUUAUCUAGAUGCCAAUGGCAAUGAAGGUUCUUGGUUCUACAUCAAACCCUUCUACAAGCUGCGCUCCAUUGGCGACUAUGUGGUGGUGGGCGAUAAAGUGAUUUUGAGUCCGGUGAAUGCGGAUCAACAGAAUCUGCACGUGGCUGCCAAUUACGAGCUGCCCGAUAAUCCCGGCUGUAAAGAGGUUAACGUACUCAACUCAUCGACAUCGUGGAAAAUCUCGCUGUUCAUGGAGCACAAGGAGAAUCAGGAGCACAUACUCAAGGGCGGCGAUGUGGUGCGACUCUUUCACGCCGAGCAGGAGAAGUUCCUUACGAUGGACGAGUACAAGAAGCAAUACCAUGUCUUUCUGCGAACCACAGGACGCACCAGCGCCACGGCGGCAACGAGCAGCAAAGCGCUCUGGGAGAUCGAGGUGGUGCAGCACGAUUCAUGUCGUGGCGGUGCCGGCGACUGGAACUCAUUGUACCGCUUUAAGCACUUGGCCACAGGUCAUUAUCUGGCUGCUGAAUCUGAGUUGGAUGUAGCUGCUGGUGUGCUGCCAAUGAAUGUGCACGAAUCGCUGUUGCAGGACUCGGGACUCAGCUGCACCAUGAACUCCACUAUGAAUGACAAACCGAAGGGCAAACAGUAUCGCCUUGUGUCGGUGCCAUAUUCCGCGGACAUUGCCUCCGUCUUUGUGCUGGAUGCCACCACAAUGGCGCGCCCGGACAGUCUUGUGCCACAAUCGAGCUAUGUGCGUCUGCAACACAUCUGCUCUAACACCUGGGUUCAUGCCACAUCCAUACCCAUUGAUGCAGAUGACGAUAAACCAGUCAUGUCAAAGGUCUGCUGCUCACCCAUAAAGGAGGAUAAAGAAGCCUUCGCCUUGAUACCUGUAUCCCCAGUGGAAGUGCGUGAUCUAGACUUUGCCAACGAUGCGUGCAAAGUGCUGGCCACGGUCACUAGCAAACUGGACAAUGGCAGCAUCUCGAUCAAUGAGAGACGUGCAUUAAUCUCACUGCUGCAGGACAUUGUCUACUUCAUUGCGGGCAUGGAGAACGAGCAGAACAAGACCAAAGCGUUGGAGUUUACCAUUAAGAAUCCGAUACGCGAUCGGCAGAAGCUGCUCCGCGAGCAAUACAUUCUGAAGCAGCUGUUCAAGAUACUCCAGGGACCAUUCCAGGAGCACACGGCAGGUGAUGGACCAUUUCUGCGACUGGACGAACUCAGCGAUCCAAAGAACAGUCCCUACAAGAACAUCUUCCGGCUGUGCUAUCGCAUACUGCGUCUCUCGCAGCAGGACUAUCGCAAGAAUCAGGAGUACAUAGCCAAACACUUUGGCCUGAUGCAGAAGCAGAUCGGCUACGAUAUACUUGCCGAGGACACCAUCACGGCGCUGCUGCACAACAAUCGCAAGCUGCUGGAGAAGCACAUUACGGCCGCUGAGAUCGAGACAUUUGUGGGUCUGGUGCGCAAGAACAUGCACAACUGGGACUCGCGUUUCCUCGACUACCUCUCCGAUCUGUGCGUCUCGAAUCGCAAAGCGAUUGCCGUCACCCAGGAGCUGAUCUGUAAGAGCGUACUCAGCGACAAGAAUGUGGACAUUUUGAUCGAUACACAAGUGAAAGCGCUGCGUGGUGGCGCCGCUGUACGUUGCUACAAAGGCGCCUCGGAGGAUGUUUGCUUGGCCACACUCACUGAGGUUGCUGGCGACGAUGAGGAUCGCUCCGAUGUACAGUCCACUUCGACCACCACCACCUGGGACAGUGCGAGCUUGAAUGAUGAGGAUGCCAUUUCGCCAGGCGAGAAAUACGAAAUACAUUUGCAGUGGAAGGGUCAACCGUCUUCGCGUUCGAUGGCGGAUCUAGCCAACUGCGUAGCCGAUGGCUGUGAACAGGAAGCGGCCAUAUUAAACUAUUAUCGCCAUCAACUGAAUCUGUUCUCCAACAUGUGCCUCAAUCGUCAGUAUCUGGCGCUGAACAGACUGUCGCCCCAACUAGACAUUGAUUUGAUACUAAAAUGCAUGUCAGAUGAAACUAUGCCAUAUGAGCUACGGGCCUCCUUCUGCAGGCUGAUGUUGCACAUGCAUGUCGAUCGUGAUCCGCAGGAACCUGUGACGCCUGUGAAAUAUGCGCGACUUUGGAGUGAAAUACCCUCCAAGAUGUCCAUAAUGGACUACGAUGGCAAGAAUCAGCAGCCGGAUCAGAAUAAGCAGGCAUGUCGUGCCAAGUUCAACACAACUAUUGCUUUUGUGGAGAACUAUCUGUGCAAUGUGGCCACCAAGGCGUGGCUCUUUACGGAUCAGGAACAGAACAAACUGACCUUCGAGGUCGUUAAACUAGCCCGAGACUUGAUCUACUUUGGCUUCUACAGUUUCAGCGAUCUGCUGCGUUUGACCAAGACACUGCUCUCCAUUCUAGACUGCGUUUCGGAGACAACAACUGGUGGCGCCUUUGUAAACACGGAUAUUGAUUCUGUCGAUGAGGAGACCAAUAACGAUGCUGAGGGCGGCGUGCUGCGCUCCAUUGGUGACAUGAGCACAGUGAUGACCUCGUUGGCGCUUGGAUCAGUUGGCCAAGCGAUUGCUGCUCCCUCAAUAGCGCUGCAGCAACGCAAGUCUGUCUCGCAGCUGAUGAAAGAAUAUCCGCUGGUCAUGGACACUAAGCUCAAGAUUAUAGAAAUUCUUCAAUUCAUUCUGGACGUGCGUCUCGACUAUAGAAUCAGUUGCCUGCUGUCGAUAUUCAAGCGUGAAUUCGAUGAGUCUGAAGUGGUUGCUCAGGGUCAACCUACCACCACACCUGUCAACGAGGAUCCUUCACAGCAGCAACCACAAUCAACACCACCUGCCAGUGCUGGCACCACAGAUUCGGAGCAGAUUGCCGACGCCGAGGCAGCUAUGGCUGCAGCCGCAGCGGCUGCUUCAGCGGCAGCAGCGCGUCAGAAGAACAUCGAUCUGGAAUCGAUUGGAGUGCAGGCGGAGGGCAUCUUCGAUUGCGAACGCAGCGAUGCCGCCAAUUUGGAUUUGGAUGGACAAGGUGGACGCACUUUUCUACGUGUGCUGCUGCACCUGAUCAUGCAUGAUUAUGCGCCUUUGGUUUCGGGAGCACUGCAUCUGCUCUUCAGGCACUUUAGUCAGCGGCAGGAGGUGUUGCAAGCCUUUCGCCAGGUGCAACUGCUUGUCUCUGACAGCGAUGUGGAGUCCUACAAGCAAAUCAAAUCAGACUUGGACAUCUUGCGACAGAGUGUGGAGAAGUCAGAGUUGUGGGUCUACAAGGCCAAGGCGACAGAUGAGCUGGGCACCGAUGCUGUGGGAGGUGCGGAUAGUCUGGAGUAUGAUGCCACAUUGUCGCCAGAGCAGCGCAGCGAGUAUCAGAAGGUCAAGGAGAUCCUUAUACGCAUGAACAAGUUCUGCGUAACAGCAGGUGGGAACAGAAAUCCAACGAUCUGCUUGAACAAUCUUAAGAUACGAACUGUUCCUCUUGCAGGUCCCAUUGUGAAGCCACGCAAGCAUGAGCAGCGACUGCUGCGCAAUGUGGGAGUCCACACCGUGGUCCUAGAUCUGCUGCAGAAUCCCUACGACGAAAAGGACGAUGUGCUGAUGAAGGAGCUCAUGUGUCUGGCUCACGAAUUUCUGCAGAACUUUUGCCUUGGCAAUCAGCAGAAUCAAGUGCUGCUUCACAAUCAUCUCGACUUGUUCCUUAAUCCAGGCAUACUCGAGGCGAAGACCGUGUGCGCAAUAUUUAAGGAUAACCUGGCGUUGUGCAACGAGGUGACCGACAAGGUUGUUCAGCACUUUGUGCACUGCAUCGAGAUCCAUGGCCGGCAUGUGGCCUACUUGCAGUUCCUGCAGACAAUCGUCAAGGCAGAGAAUCAAUUCAUACGCAAGUGCCAGGAUAUGGUGAUGCAGGAGCUCAUCAAUGCCGGAGAAGAUGUGCUGGUGUUCUACAACGACAAGACAUCGUUCCAUCACUUUGUGCAGAUGAUGCAACAGCAGCUACAGCGACGCACACAACUGCCCGACGACAGUCCGCUCAAGUAUCAUGUGGAGCUGGUCAAGCUGCUCGCCUGCUGCACCAUGGGCAAGAAUGUCUACACGGAGAUCAAGUGCAACAAUCUAAUAUCUCUGGAUGACAUUGUAACGGUCAUUUGUCAUCCUCUAUGCAUGCCAGAAGUAAAAGAGGCUUAUGUGGAUUUCCUCAAUCAUUGCUACAUUGAUACCGAAGUGGAAAUGAAGGAGAUUUAUGCAUCCGGUCACAUGUGGAGUCUCUUUGAAAAGAGUUUCCUCGUCGAUCUCAAUCAAUUGAUUUCGAACACUACGGCCACAGCGAACAAGACGCUGCUGGCUUAUGUGCUCAAUGGUGUUACCAACUUACUAAGCAGCUUCUUCUCCAGCCCCUUCUCCGAUCAGAGCACGAUCAUUCAGUCGCGGCAAGUGAUCUUUGUGCAGCUUCUGCAGGCAGCCUAUCGUCUCACCCAAUGCAAAUGGUUGUCGCUGGCCGAUCGCUUCAAUGUGGAGAACUGCAUACGCACAUUGACCGAGUCGGCGAAGAUGCGCAGCAUUGUGUUGCCACUGGAGCUGGAGCAACAGGUGGCCAACAUGUCGAGCAAGACGGCGAUGCUGACGCGUCAAACAACCAAGUGGUUGCUGGCCUCCAAGCAACCCAAAUACGAGACGCAACAAUCCGCCAAUCUGAUGCGCUGGGAUCGCUCGAUUAUUGAGGGUUUGCAGGACAUUGUCUCGCUGCUAGAGGAUCAACUAAAACCGGUCGUUGAAGCGGAACUCUCCCUGCUUGUCGAUAUACUCUAUCGCUCUGAGCUGCUCUUUCCCGCUGGUACCGAGGCGAGGAAACGUUGUGAAAGCGGCGGCUUUAUACGCAAACUGAUCAAGCACACAGAGAAGCUGCUCGAGGAGAAGGAGGAGCGCAUGUGUGUCAAAGUACUGCGUACGCUGCGCGAAAUGAUGGCCAUCGAUGUCAACUAUGGCGAAAAAGGUGACGCAUUACGCCAGACGUUGCUACUACGCUAUUUCCAGACCAAGAGUGCACCUAAGCUAGAGGAAGAGCACUCUCAGCUCCCGGCAGCGGCUGCAAUUGCUGCUGCGGCUGCCGCUGCAGCUGCCUCCGAUCCGGCCAAGCAGCUGCACCUGGUCACCCAUGGACCGGGUGCCAAGUAUUUGGCGCGUGCCGGCAAAACGUUGCACGAAAUGCAGAAUCAUUUGGAUCGCGAGGGUGCGUCCGAUUUAGUCGUCGAACUGGUCAUUAAAUCGGUACAUUCGCCAAACAUCUUUGUGGAAGCUGUUGAACUGGGAAUCGCGCUGCUUGAGGGCGGCAAUCCCAUUAUACAGAAGGGCAUGUUCCAGAAGUUUCUCAGCGAUGAUCUAAAUCAGGCCUUCUUCAAGGUGUUCUUUGAGAAGAUGAAGGAUGCCCAACAGGAGAUCAAAUCAACGGUCUCCGUCAACACCACAGACAUUGCGGCAAAGGCGCAUGAGCACAAGCAGGACGCCAAUAUGGAGCUGGACAAGAUCUCGCGCAAGCAUGGCAUCAAGAGUAAUGGUGUCGUCAUAACGGAUGAACUGAAACGGGAGCUGCAUAAUGCAGGUUUGGCCACGGCGCGAGCCUAUGGCAAUGCUCGGAAUAUACAUUCGGGCGAGGAGAGUUCAGCGAUCAGUGUGAAUAGUCCACUUGAGGAUAUACUUGCUGAGAAACUAGAGAAGCAUCGCGACACCAAGGAGCAACGUAAUCAGCUGUCCAACAAGGUGCUUGUGAUGCAACCCAUUCUACGUUUUCUCCAACUGCUUUGCGAGAAUCACAAUCCUGAUCUACAGAAUCUGCUGCGCAAUCAAAACAACAAAACCAACAACAAUCUUGUUUCUGAGACGCUGAUGUUCCUUGACUGCAUCUGUGGCUCCACCACAGGCGGCCUUGGAUUACUUGGACUCUACAUCAACGAGCACAAUGUGGCGCUCAUCAAUCAGACGCUGGAGACGCUCACCGAGUACUGUCAGGGACCGUGCCAUGAGAACCAGAACUGCAUUGCCACACACGAAUCGAACGGUUUGGACAUUAUUACGGCCUUGAUAUUGAACAACAUUAAUCCGCUGGGAGAGAAUCGCAUGGAUCUGGUGUUGGAGCUCAAAAAUAACGCUUCGAAGCUGCUGCUGGCCAUCAUGGAGAGUCGCGGCGACAGCGAGAAUGCCGAGCGCAUUCUCUACAACAUGAACCCAAAGCAGCUGGUCGAAGUCGCUUGCAAAGCUUAUCACCAGGAGGAGUUAAUCGAUGAGCAGGACGAUGCGGAUGAGCCCAGUGCAGCCACAGAUGACGAUGAUGCAACGGUCAGCCCACGCGAGGUCGGACACAACAUUUAUAUACUCUGCCAUCAGCUGGCACAGCACAACAAGGAAUUGGCAGCACUCUUGAAGGCCUCCGAGGAUCCUCAGUCGGCCAGUUUUGAUGCCAAGACAAGUCAGGCUCUGAUGUAUUACGCCACUCACACAGCUCAAAUUGAAAUCGUUCGCAAUGACCGCACUCUGGAGCAAAUUGUAUUUCCCAUACCCGAAAUAUGCGAAUAUCUAACCACAGACACGAAAAUUAAAAUACUUAACACGGCCGAACGUGAUGAUCAGGGAUCCAAGGUGGCAGACUUCUUUGACAAGGCCGAGGAGAUGUUCAACGAGAUGAAGUGGCAAAAGAAACUGCGAAGUCAGCAGUUGCUCUUCUGGAUUAGCAGCUAUAUGUCAUUGUGGAGUAACAUACUCUUCAAUUGCGUGGUCGUCAUCAACAUGAUUGUGGCUUUCUUCUAUCCCUUUGACAACACUGUGCCAGAACUCAGCUCGCACAUUUCUCUGCUAUUUUGGGCCAUAUUGAUAUUCUCGCUGGUAAUUGUGAUAACGCUGCCCCGCGAAUCGGGGAUACGCACAUUCAUUGGCUCUGUAAUACUCCGAUUUAUAUUUAUGCUGGGUCCAGAAUCGACACUCUGCCUAUUGGGCGUUGUCACGGUGACUCUGAAGAGCGUUCAUAUUGUGAGCAUAAUGGGUAACAAAGGCACGCUAGAGAAACGCUUCCUUAAGAUCAUCACUGAUGUUCAGCUGCUCUAUCACUGCAUUUAUAUAGCAUUUUGCUUCUGUGGAUUGAUCUUCCAUCCGUUCUUCUACUCGCUGCUGCUCUUUGAUGUCGUCUAUCGUGAGGAAACUCUGGUUAACGUUAUUCGCUCUGUAACUCGUAACGGUCGCUCCAUCGUUUUGACUGCGGUUUUGGCAUUAAUAUUGGUUUAUCUAUUCUCCAUCAUUGGCUAUAUGUUCUUCAAAGAUGAUUUCCUCGUCUCAGUUGACUUUGAGGAGGAAACUACAACGCCUGUCACUAUCUCGAUGCCUGCGUCCUUAGAAGAGACAUGCGCCAAGCCAGAUGAGCUAGGUGGCUGCAAUGGAAACCCCUCACAACAGGUGGCUACCAAUGGCGAUGCCAAGGAACGUUCCUGUGACUCGCUAGUUAUGUGCAUUGUGACAACUUUGAACCAAGGAUUGCGCAAUGGAGGUGGCAUUGGCGAUAUACUCAGAGCACCAUCCAGCAAGGAGGGUCUCUUCGUAGCACGCGUAAUCUAUGAUCUGCUGUUCUUCUUUAUUGUCAUCAUUAUCGUGUUGAAUUUAAUCUUUGGUGUGAUUAUCGAUACCUUUGCCGAUCUGAGGUCGGAGAAGCAGCAAAAGGAAGCGAUAUUGAAGACAACUUGCUUCAUUUGUUCCUUGAAUCGCUCCGCGUUCGAUAACAAAACGGUCAGCUUUGAGGAGCAUAUCAAAAGCGAACACAAUAUGUGGCAUUACUUGUACUUCAUUGUACUGGUCAAGGUUAAGGAUCCCACAGAGUUUACUGGACCCGAAAGUUACGUAUACGCCAUGGUGAAGGCCGGCAUAUUGGAAUGGUUUCCACGAUUAAGGGCCAUGUCACUGGCCGCUGUCGAUGCCGAUGGCGAACAGAUCGAACUGCGCAGCAUGCAGGCCCAGUUGCUGGAGACACAGCUGCUGAUCAAGAACCUUUCGACACAGCUGCACGAGCUCAAGGAUCACAUGACGGAACAACGCAAACAGAAACAGCGAUUGGGACUGCUCAACACGACGGCCAGAGAGCCAGAAAUUAGAUAUUGAGAAAAUAUGGGUUAACGCAAGACUUAGCAUAGCACAGAAAUCAAAUGAAAUCAAGUCGAUUGAAUUUAAAACAUUCCCUUGUGUAGAUCAUGCACUACAUAGAAG